AUGCUUCCUAUGCGACAGAGGAUCGCUUCGUCUGCGGUAUGCACUGCACGCAGCUGUGUCACUCGUUCGCCACUCAAGAUUGCCCCCACCCUCACCACCUCCAGGACCCUGCACAUACCCGGCCUCACCAAGCUCGACAAGACCGUGCCCCAAGAUGGAAUCGUGGACGUCCAAGUGUACCGCUGGUCGGGCAAGGAGGGCGAGAAGCCCUACACUCAGAACUACAAGGUCGAUGUCACAGAAUGCUCGCCGAUGGUCCUAGACGCGCUCCUGAAGAUUAAGAAUGAACAGGACCCAACUCUCUCGUCGUGCCGUGAGGGCAUCUGCGGUAGUUGCUCAAUGAACAUCGACGGACAGACCACACUCGCUUGCACCAAGCCGAUCAAGGAGUCCAUCACGAACGGCAAAAUCAAGAUUUAUCCCCUGCCUCACAUGGAGGUCAUUAGGGACCUCGUCACCGACCUCACCCACUUCUUCGAGCAGCAUCGAGAGAUUCGCCCGUACCUGAUGAAGAAUGAUGAUGCCGCCCUCAAACAGUCCAAGGUGGAACAGCACCAGUCAAGGGAAGACAGACGCCGGCUCGACGGCCUCUACGAGUGCAUCCUAUGCGCGUGCUGCUCCACAUCGUGCCCGUCCUACUGGUGGGAGGGCGCCCAGGAUGACAAGUUCCUCGGUCCUGCUGCUCUGCUGAACGCGCACCGCUGGAUCUCUGACACCCGCGACGACUUCCAGGCAGACAGGCUACGCCAGUUGGCAGAGGCCGACCUGAAAGUCUACGGCUGCCACCAGAUCAUGAACUGUGCGGUG